AUGAGUUCCGAUCAAGGAUAAAUCAAUAUUAUAACUAUAAUGAAGUGAUAAUGACGUUGAUGGAAGAGAAGAAAUUGAGCCGGCAUCUGCCAGAGGUGUUGAAACAUGAAAUCCUUUGGCACAGCUACAGUCGUCUGAUUAAUAGGAUACCUUAUUUCACCGAUUGGCCAAUAGAGUUGAUCGAGAAGCUAGUGAUUAUGGAGAAGCAAUUGAUUUACUUGGAGCACGACUUGAUUGCUGAUGUCGGUUUGCCAGGGGAAGGUCUAAUGAUAGUGUACAGCGGCGUGCUGGCUGUGUACACCUCGCAGAAGGUGGAAGUGGGACAUCUGAUCGACGGCGACUACUUCGGGGAACUCUCGCUGGUGACCGACCAGGAAGUCAGGACGUCCUCAUUCGUGGCGGUUUCAAAAUGUAAGGUUCUGCUUUUGGAGAAAAUUAGAUUCAGGCAGUUGAUGAGAAGUUAUCCGGACCUUUUUUACGCGAUGCGAGACAAGAUCUUCGAAGAAUAUAGAGAAGUUUAA